UCUGGGUGCCCCCCUGGGAGUUGGUGCCCUACGCAGAGUGCAUACUCUGCGUAUAGGGAGUGUCGGUACUGGUGCCAUUAAUAUAUUCAACUGACAUUUUAAGGCAUCAACCCCCUUCUGUCAGCUCAUAAUGUACUUAUGUUACAUAUAUAGAAGAGUUGCAUUAAAUACAAAAUCCUCUAGAGGAGACAGUUGGAAGCAUCUUACCAAAUCUGACCUUAGCACAACUACAAAAUAUAAUUUCUUUGCAUAUAGACCUGAGAUCACACUUGUACGUUGUACAAUGGUUUUUUUAAUGCAAUAGAGCAAUAUUUAUAACUUUAUGCUCCCUUCUUGUCUUCACAAUCUAGGCAUGAAUGCAACUGUACGAAGAAUGGAUCAAAUUAUUAACAUUUUUGCCCCUUUGUCAGUGGGCCAGGUUAUGACCUGGGCUUCCAAUGUAGUCGGCUGUGGCUUCAUUCUUGGCUGGAACCUAGUGUCUCUUCUUGUAGAAUUUAUUUUCCUCUCCAAGGUUUAUCAAAUGGUACCUCAGCUCGCUAUAAAACCCCAGCAACCUAUUGGAGAACAUUAUAUAGAAAGGCAACUGGAACUUUUAAAUGUGCAAGGUAAUUUCCAGUUAAACACUGAAGUAAGGGCACAUAUGGGUACAUAUAGUCAAUAUCAAUACCAUUACUUAAAUAUGGUUCUAUAAGGGGCAGAUUUACUUAAGGACACUAGCUUCCUACUUUACACAGAAUCACAGGCACUUCUGCUGAACAUUUGAUUAACUGCACACAAAUCUGAAAGAAAUUAUUGAGACAAUUGCAGGGCAACAUGUAGGUCUGACCCUAUCAGUAAAGGAGAAGAGGGGGCAUUAUAUACGGGAACACCAGCUUAGAAUGUGAUAGUAUAUGUUUGCAUUAAGGAACAUAGGCCAAAGAGGGAGUGACCCAGUCUGGAAGCAGCAGACUCAGAAACCAUGAAAGAAAUAACCUGGUCUUGUGUUAAGACCACAAGAUGGGGACUUUCUCGAAUGAUUCAAAUUAUACAACCAAUUUUCUUUGGGACAAUUACAUCUUUCCAUUUUUGAUCUUUUAUUAAGGUAAAAAAUAUUUUAUUGAUUUGAAUUCAUUGUCAUGUUAUACAAAUGUGGAAAUGGGGGCAAGGUGGGUUUUGCAGCAGACAAUUCGCCAGACAUUUCUGCAUAAGGUCUAGUAAAUAGCAAUAAGGAGAUCUCAUUUAUCUAAUUUUGUUUGAAUGUUUUGCUCACUAUUUAACAAAAUACACAAUUGAAAUAUACAACCUAACAAAUCUGAAUUGUAACCCUGAUAUUAGUGAAUUCACUUUGCUUCUUUGCAGGAGAUCUGCCUAUCUGUUCAGCUAUAGGUGACUUCAUUAUUGCAUACGAUUCAUUACCAAUAGAAUCACAUGGCGAUCCUCUAACGUAUACAGACGCAGUAAGGGAUCAUGCCUCAGCAAUACAUGCGUGCCUCCAGAAAGUGCGCAGAAUGUUGCGUAUCUGCACAGAUGGCUGGAAAUCCUACUACAGACAGUCGGUUUUCUUGGCGGGUUUGGGACUGGCAUUUCUGUACACAACAGUCCUAGGCUUUGACUGUAUCACUACAGGUUAUGCCUAUACUCAGGGGAUCAGUGGCUCCUUACUCAGCCUUCUCAUGGCAGUAUCAGCUAUCUCAGGAUUAAUGGGCACAUUUCUGUUUACAAGGCUAAGGAGACAUUAUGGCUUAAUGGUCACAGGAAUUAUUUCUAGCUGCCUCCAUGUCUGUUGCUUAAUGCUUUGUGUAUUUUCAGUCUUUGCUCCUGGAAGUCCCUUUGACUUGGGCAUUUUUUCUGUUCUUAUGGGUGUAAACUCCUCUAUAAACAUGGGUGAGCUAGAACAGAGCCAGGUGCAUUUGUAUCCCCCACAUAGGAAUAUGAACCAACCCAUCCUCCCAGAUCGCUCUUCUAUACACUGGACCAACAACACUGUUCUGCUGGAGAAUAUACAUACUGGAGACCAUCCCGAUUCCUAUAUCUCCAUCAUUUUGCUGUUCUUAGGAGUAAUACUAGCAAGAAUUGGCCUUUGGUCUUUUGAUCUGACAGUGACCCAGCUUCUUCAGGAGAAUAUACCUGAAUCAGAACGUGGUGUUGUAAAUGGGGUUCAGAGCUCAAUGAAUUAUCUGAUGGAUCUUGUUCAUUUCAUUAUGGUCAUUUUAGCUCCACAACCUCAGCAGUUUGGACUUCUCGUUAUAAUCUCUACGCUCUUUGUAAUUGCCGGACACACCAUGUAUUUUUCUUACACCAGAAAAUACAAAGCAAUGGAGAAGGAAUAGACUGAUGGUUGUCCCUGGAUGUCUUUGGAUCAUUUCACUAAUGCUGUUUGUAUCAGUUGUAUAGUAUGAUGUUUAGCAUGUAGUGUAAGAUCACUAUGCUAGCCUGUAUUCUCCCGAUAUGUUCCACGUUCUUUAUUAUCAUCAUUUUAUACAUGAUCCACCUCGUACCAUAUACAGAUCAUAUGAAGGUCAGAAAAAAAUAAACCAUGC